GGUAGAAACAAAAUAAAAUAAAAUGUCUCUCUGUGGAAAGAUGGAAGCUGAAAUUGAAAUGAAGGCUCCUGCUGAUAAAGUCUUUGAAUUCUACACUUGCUUAGCUUACCAAAUGUCAAAAUCCAGCCCUGAAAUGCUUCAGAGUGUUGAUUUGCAGAAAGGUCAAUGGGGCAAAAAGGGCUCCAUUCUCUGCUGGAACUAUUUAAUUGAUGGAAAAGUUGAAAAGAUUAAGAUGAUAACUGAAGAAAUCGAUUACAGAAACAAGUCAGCGACUUACAAAACGAUAGAAGGAGAUCUCCUUGAAUUCUACAAGAGCUUCAGUUUCAUUCUUCAAGUUACUCCAAGGGAAGAAGGCAGCCUGGUGCAUUGGAGUUUCGAAUAUGAGAAGCUGAAUGCCAAUAUUCCAAAUCCGGAAACAACUCUGCCGGCUGUCGUCCAUGCCUGCAAAGAUAUUGAUGCUCAUCUUACGCAGGCAAAGACUCAGAGGUCUCCUCAACUUCAGUGA